GAAGUGGCCAAUCAUGUCGCAGCUUCUUCCAUAACGCGUCAUGCGCGUUUUUUUCCUCAUCUUGUAAACACGUGUACGCCGCAGUGUGUCUGGAAAUCUAAAAACCCUAAAUUAAACUACGUUUUCGCAGCAAGCUCCUAAAAAUGGCAAAAAGCCUGCGAAGCAAAUGGAAGCGGAAGAUGCGCGCAGAGAAGAGGAAGAAAAAUGCCCCCAAGGAGCUGGCGCGUCUGAAACAAGCCCUGAAUCUGGAUAAGAAAGGAGAAGCUGCCAUGACUGACGUGCAGGAUAUCGCCACUGUGGUGCCUGCUGACAAGAUCAAGAAGCAGACGGAUGUUGAAAUGGCAGAGGUAGAGGGUCACGAUGGGAAGAUGGACAUGGAGGUCAAGCGCAACAAGAAAACCCUGUUGGAUGAUAAUGGACAGUACCCUGUGUGGAUGAGCCAGCGGCAGGCCAAGAAACUGAAAGGCAAACGGAUGGCAAAGAAAGGCAGCCAGGGCAAGAAGAAGGGUAUCGCCUGGUGAACCAGAGGAAACAAAAAGACCUUCGCUUUGCUUUAAAGACUUUUGACGCAGAAACACAGGAUCAUUUCAUGUAUUUAUUUAUACAUGAUAACUGCCACUUUCUACUGUUGGAUCUCAUUCAGUGCAGUGGAUUACACGACUCAUGGUUGUGCCACAGAGCAUGUUAUUGUAAAGUAUGUCACCGAAGGAACAUGUUGGUUCGUAUGGAACGGCAGCUGCAUCUUAAUGUUAGGACAAGUUUAAGAAAAUCAGACUUGUGCAAAAUACGUCUGCCUUUAGCUUGUCUUAAUACAUCAUAGCACUGCAGGUGAUUGUCAUAUAUUCUCUACUA